AUGCCUCCUUACUUAGUCGACCUGCCAACUUCGCAAGUUGCACGUUGUCCUACUGAUGCACAAUACUUGAUAAGGCACAGCACCCACUUAAGAACGAGUUUCAGCCUGGAUUACUCGAAAUUUCUACUUUUUUUACUUUUAGCUGUACUUUUUCUUGAAAAUUUGGACGUUUUUGGCACUGUUUGUGUUAUGCAAUAUUUUAGUUAUACAAGUGACACUAUAUUAGAUAGCGAAGAAUUCAGGUACUGUGAUAAAGCUCAGUCCUUUGGGGAAGUGCUUGGGAAGGUUUACGCUGUUACUAUUCACUACAUUACGCUUCAUACGCGUUGUCACGGUGCUUAA